GCACUUCAGCUGAACACCUCCACCAGGGCAUCAAGCAUUAGCUCGCUAGCGUGAAUUCUGACCCUGUUCAGCAUUCAGGUCCAUGGACGUCAAUCGUGAUCGUCGCUGUCAGUUAACAUUGUCCAAGGUCCCAGCCCUUUCAGCAGCAGGAAGAGCUUUCAUUAGUCAUGAACGGAUGAGAGGGUAAAGGAAGAGGAGUGGCACCAGCGCCACUGACGGCCCUCGGAUCGGCAUCGGACGGCUACAAAAUAGUCCCCGUCGGCUUUCGCGUCUCCAGACUAUUUAGCCAUUGAUACGCCGGAUUAACGACGUCAUCUUCAUCUCCAUGCUGGUACAGCCUCAUCCCCAGUCCCCACUGUCCACUGACGAAAGCUUUGGACGAUUGAAGCGAAGAUGCCGCCAGCUCUGCGGCGAAUAAUCCUGCUGGCCGCGGCGGUGCUGCUGCUGUGGUCGGCCGCCUGCGUCGCGGGCGACGACGACUCGACAUUCUUGCCGCCGUCGCCGCCGGGGACCGCGUCGCCGUUCCCGUUCUGCCCAGCGCGGCCGGCUGGGGUCUCCACGGGGCCGUUCCCCUGGUCGCCGCCGCAGCCGCCGCCGCAGUCGCCGCCGUCGCUGUCGUCGCCGGUGGCGGUGUUCCCGCAGGAUCCGGGGUUCUUGCCGUCGGGGGCCGGCGCGGUGGCAUGGCUGCCGCUGCUCGCUGUGUUCCCUGCUUUCUUGGUGCUUUUUUAGUGACUCGCUCACAGUUGCUUGCUGGUUGCUGCUGCUGGAGUCUGGAUGUAUCCGUAGUUGUUUAGUUCAGAACGCAUCUAUUUCAUACAUGUAGCUCUGGAAAAUCUAGCAAAGAGGGGCCUUUCUCUUCUUUUCCUUUUCGUUUGCCUUUGCAGCAGCUGUGUUUGUUUCUUUUCUUAAAUCUUUUCGAGAAAGUAGCUAGCUCUGCUUGUUUCUUCACAAGAGAAGGAAUAUCUUCGUGUAUAACCGUAGCUUCAUUCAUGUAAUUCAGGCUUCAGCAGAUACAGCUUGAAUGAAUAAAAGAAAUCGCAUUGGCGUUACAGGUUCUGAAAUUCA